UGCAAGUUGUGAUAAAAAGCGGAUUUUCAAGUUAGAUUUCCUUUUAGUUGAAUAUCGACAUAUUUUCAGGUGAAGUAAGCGAAAAAACUUUCAUGCAAAUAUUAGUAGUGUUUUAAAUGUUCUCUAGUGCGUUCAGUUCAGAGUUGUCGACUUGAUUUAAGACGUUGGGGUGCAAGUUAUGUUUCAAACGCGCAAAGACCGCAUUACGAAGGGCACGAGCGUCCAAUGAAAGGACAAAGUAAAGGUCUUUUUGUUCUAGCAAAAGAGCUAGGUUUAAACGUACCACAAAAAUGUAAAUUACAAGAAUUAAAGUCAAUCUUAUCGUCACAUUCGGCGUUUAAAAAUGUUACGAAGCUCGAAAAGCUGGCUGCUACAUAUAAUGUGAAAAUAAUCUUUACUCCCAAGUACCAUUGUGAAUGUAACGCGUUCGAGGGAGUGUGUUUGAUAUCGGAAUCAAGAAUCAAGUUCAUUGAGAAAGAAACUUAUAAGAAAUUAUUUCGACGAUUCUGGAAAACUUUAAAAGCGUAUCAGGAUGGAAAAGAUUAUAAAGAAGUUCUAUGUUGGUGGGCAUGUUGCUGUGUAUCGGGUUUAGUUGUCAGAGUGUAUUAUUGGUAUUACUGUUGUGGUGCAAGCGGUUGCUUUGGUGCGACACCUGGCGUUACGCGUUGGUGUCGUUUUUCGUAG